CCUCACUCUGGGUCAAACCCCCAGCCAGGAGAAGGGCUCAGAUGGCAUUCUGGACAGUUUUCCUCUGUACCUUGGUGGUACUGCUGCUUGGGGGGCUCUACCACCUGGGGGCCUUUCGGAGACGAAGACCCAAUGAGCCGCCUCUGGACAAAGGCAUCAUUCCCUGGCUGGGUUAUGCACUGGAUUUCAGAAAGGACAGUUCAGCGUUUCUAAGCAAGAUGCAGAGAAAAUAUGGAGAUAUUUUCACAGUGCUGAUCGGAGGCUAUUACUUUACCUUUGUGAUGGACCCCUUCUGCUUUGGAGCCAUUGUGAAGGAAUCACGGUCUAAACUAGACUUUCUGACCUUUUCAGCUAACUUGGUCUACCGGGUUUUUGGCUACAAGUCCAAGACGAACAACAAUAGUGAUCUGCAUGUUUUUAACACGAAGUAUCUGAUGGGAGAUGGACUCACUCUCCUGACACAAGCCACCAUGGACAACUUCCAGAAGCUGUUGUUUUUCAAGCUGAGCUCAGGAGAGGAGAAACGACCAUGGCAAGAGGCCGGCCUCUUCCACUACUGCUACAACAUCGUCUUCAGAGCUGGGUACCUGGCUUUGUUCGGCACCGAGUCGUACCAAGGGACAGAGAACAAGGAGAAAGCUUACGAGCAAGAUCUCAUCCACUCCAACCAGCUGUACACCGAGUUUCGGAAGUAUGACCGCCUCUUCCCCCGCCUGGUCUAUGCCGUGUUGCCUCCCAGGGACAAAGUAGAAGCUGAGAGGCUGAAGAGGUUCUUCUGGGAUGCUCUGUCUGUGAGUAAGAGCUCUCAGAAGGAAAACGUCAGUAGGUGGAUAAGUGAACAAGACAAGUUUUUGGCAGAAAUUGGCAUGCCUGACUACAUGCGGGACCGCUUCAAGUUCAUGAUGCUGUGGGCAUCCCAGGGCAAUACAGGCGCUACUUCCUUCUGGCUCCUCUUGUAUCUCAUGAAGGAUCCAGAAGCUAUGAAGGCUGUAAAGGCAGAAGUGGAGAAAGUCUUGAGGGAGCAUGGUCAAGAAGUGAAGCCAGGAAGGCCACCAAUUAACAUCACCAGAGACAUGUUAGCCCAGACUCCUUUUCUGGACAGUGCCGUGGAGGAGACCCUGAGGCUGAUGGCAGCCCCAAUCCUGAUCAGAGCCAUCCUCCAGGAUAUGACCCUCAAAACGAGUGGUGGCACAGAGUACAGUCUGCGCAAAGGGGACCGAGUGGCUCUGUUCCCACACCUCUCUGUGCAAAUGAAUCCAGAAAUCCACCCCGAACCUCACAAAUUUAAGUAUGACCGCUUUGUCAACCCAGAUGGCACCAAGAAAAAUUUUUACAAGAAUGGCAAACGGCUGAAAUACUACAAUAUGCCCUGGGGGGCCGGUGUAUCCAUGUGUCCUGGGCGGUUCUUUGCUACAGAAGAAGUUAAAUUGUUUGUGUUCUUCAUGCUGACUCACUAUGACCUGGAGCUGGUCAACGACCAAGAGGAGAUCCCAGACAUAGAUUUGAGCCGCUGGGGAUUUGGAACCAUGCAGCCUGUUCACGACGUGCAGUUCAGAUACCGACUACGUGUUUGAAAAAGCUGUGGUGUUCUGCUUGUCCAGAUGUUGCUAUGAAAUAAACCGCCCGAGCCGGUGGCUGCUGGA